AUGGCAACUGCAAAAGUACAAACGAAUGGGCUCAAUGAUUAUGACUAUAUAAAUGAGACUGCCAUCGACUCUGAACUGAAAUGUUCCCUUUGCAUGCAACCGUUUCAAGUACCUGUCAGUACAACAUGUGGUCAUACAUUUUGUCAAGCAUGUAUUAGUCAAUGGGUCGUUCGUCAAUCAAAAUGUCCCACUUGUGGUACUAGAGCAUCCAUAGAGGAAUUUCAACCGAUUUCGACUCGUAUUGUACUUAAUCAACUUGAUAAACUUCUCAUGCGUUGCAAACGAUGCAAUCAAGUGAAUAUUCAACGAGGUAACAUUAAUGAACAUGAAAAACGAUGUCUCAAUCGAACAGUUUCAUGUCCGGCAUUCGAUAUCAAAUGUACGUGGAAGGGCACACGUGAUGCAUUGACAGGACACAUUCAAGAGUGUCCGUUUCAAAAAAUUCGUCCAGCAAUCGAUGAUAUUUACGAACAAUUAAAGAAUAUUUAUGAACCAUUGAUAAAUGAGCUACAGACAAUUCGACAGCAGUUAGAAAAGCAAAUGCAACGUAACAAUGAACAAAAUCGAUUUCUUCUUGCAGUGUUCAACAAAGGAAAGCCGAUGAGUGAUCGAUGUUCAGGUCAACCUCGACAUUGCCAGUUACAGCAAAGCAUUCAAAUGCAUACGAAAAGUCAAAUUAUGCAACAUAUACAGGCUCCAGUCUCACGAAUAUUUAAAAAGUCAGCUCUCUCACAACAGUUGCAGGCAACGGAAUUCCAAAGAUUGGCUGAAUCACCUACGUCACCCGAGGAACACUCCGAAAGAAAUUCUCUAAUAAAUAGUCCAUUGUGUUGCGCUAAUUGCCAAAAUGGUGUUGAUCCUAGCGACAUACAACUUCAUCAUUGUGAAGGUGGUUGCAUUUGUCGUUCAUGUGUCGAAAAAUAUGGCAGUUUAGAUGAACAUGAACAAAACCUCACUAAUACAUCUUAA